AUGUACCCAUCGGGAUUCUCGCUAGAUGAGAGUGACAAUGGGACAGAAAGCCGACUUCUCCGGAAAGCUCGAGAUGAAUACAAGGUCCAGCUGGUACCUGUCCAAAUCCAAAGUCGAGAACUUGGGGAUGAAACAUGGCGGGCGAGCUUCACCAAGCUUCUUGCCUUCAACCAAACGCAGUACGAUCGUGUCCUGAGCCUCGAUUCAGAUGCCACCAUGCUCCAGCAUAUGGAUGAAUUGUUCUUAAUGCCUCCAUGUCCUCUAGCUAUACCUCGAGCUUACUGGCUCAAGCCGGAUGAACGUGUAAUGAGCUCUGCAGUCCUGCUCAUCCAGCCUUCGCACUUUGAAUUUAAUCGCAUCAUGGCAGCCAUUGAUACCGCAGCUGCCUCUGACUAUGAUAUGGAGGUUAUGAAUCAUCUCUACAGAGAUAGUGCGCUCAUCCUGCCGCACCGUCCAUACAUUAUGUUGACUGGAGAACUCCGCAACGAUGAUCACUCUAAAUAUCUAGGAAAUAGCAAUGAGACUUGGAAUCCUGAUAAAGUGCUUAAGGAGACUAAAUUUGUACAUUUCUCUGAUUGGCCAAUUCCAAAGCCUUGGAUUGAACCCCCCGCUAAUAUCAUGGAUGAAAGGAAACCAUCUUGUCACUUGAACAUCAGCAGCGGGAUCCUAGACGACUGUCGUGAUCGGGACUAUUGGUUAGGAUUAUAUGCAGAUUUCACCAAGCGACGAACGAAUAUUUGUGGGGAUGACGAUGACCUGUAA